GGGAAGCGGUCGCGGCGUUAACCAAUAUAAAUCUGGACUCCCUCAAAUAGCCGAAAAGAUGAAGGCAGUGGAUGAGCCUGCCUAUCUCACUGUGGGGACUGAUGUGAGUGCCAAAUACAGAGGUGCCUUCUGUGAGGCCAAAAUCAAGACUGUAAAGCGCUUGGUUAAGGUCAAGGUGACUUUGAAAGGGGAGAGCACAUCACAGGUCGUGCAGGAUGACCAGGUCAAAGGGCCACUGAGGGUUGGCUCUACUGUCGAGGUGAAGACCAAUGAGGGACUCUCCAGUGAGGCAGUCAUCAGCAAGCUGACAGAUGCCAGCCUCUACACAGUGGUGUUUGAUGAUGGAGAUGAGAAGACUCUGCGGAGGACAUCCCUGUGCCUGAAGGGAGAGAGACAUUUUGCAGAGAGUGAGACGUUGGACCAGUUACCAUUGACAAACCCAGAACAUUUUGGUACUCCAGUCAUUGGCAAGAAGUCCAACCGUGGCGGUCGACGCUCCUCUCAGGCCAUUGCUGAUGAGGAUGACUCUUCAUCAAGUGAGGAUGAGGAGGAGGACAGGAGGAGGCUGAAGGAUGAGCUGCUUGGGAAAGUUUGCUGCAUCCAGAUGGGAAGUGACCGCAGCAGUUGGUACCUGGCCCUGGUUGUGUCUCCCAGUUGUACCGAUGAGGUGGCUGUGAAGAAGGACCAGUGUCUGGUCAGAUCCUUCUCAGACUCCAAGUUUUACACUGUGGCCCGGAAGGACAUCACUGUCAUCACAGCUGACGGUAUCAUGAAGCCUGAGUUCAUCUGCAGGAAAGGUCAUGAAGGAGCCCAAUGUUUCCUGAGAAGCCAAGAGGUUCCAGAAGUUUGGAAAAUGGACAUGAGUCAGAUCCUUGACUCCUCCUCUAGUGAUGAGGAAGAGGAGGAUGAAGAAGACAAGGAGAGUGAAGAGGAGGAAGAGGAGGAGGAAGAUGAGAAGAAAAAGAAGAAAAGCAUUAAAGAAGAGCCGGAGGAGGAGCCAGACCCAGAGGAGAGAGACCAAUUCCUGCAGCAGCUAUAUAAAUUCAUGGAAGACAGAGGGACUCCUAUUAACAAGCCUCCAGUCCUCGGCUAUAAAGACCUCAACCUCUUCAAGCUCUUCAGGCUGGUUUACCAUCUGGGAGGCUGUCAUAAAAUUGAGAGUGGUACGGUCUGGAAACAGGUUUAUAUGGACCUUGGAAUCCCAGUCCUCAACUCUGCUGCUUCCUACAAUGUCAAGACCGCCUACAGGAAGUACCUGUAUGGUUUUGAGGAAUACUGUCGUUCAGCCGCAAUCACCUUCAGAACCAUCCAUCACAACAACCCUCGCCCUUCCCCAACACCGUCCAAUCACAAGACUGCAGGAGUAGAGCUCAAGGACUCUGCACCCAUCAAGAUGGAGCCUGCUGAGGAUAAGGCGAAGGAAGAGGUGGAGUCUGAGUGUGAGAGUGAGAAGGGAGAUGUGAAGGAGAGACAUGUUUCCUCCAGGGGGCGGAGGAGGUGUGUGAGGAGUGAGGGCAGAGGGGAGCGAAUGAGGGAGAGACACCUGAAGGAGGAGAACCGGGGUGGAGCUGAUGAGACCAGCGGGGAGGAGCAAAAGGAUGUUGAGAAAGAGGCUCUGACCAGGAGGCGCGGUAAUCGGCGCAUUGAUGACUCAGAUAAGGAAUCUGAUGAGGAGGAGGAGGAGGAAGAAGACGAUGAGGAGGAAGAGGAGGAAGAAGACGAGGAGGAAGAGGAGGAAGAAGAUGGAAGGGGAGAGAGGACUGAGGAAGAGGAGGAUGGGGACUCAGUGACUGGGACAAAGGUCAGGGUAAAAUAUGGCAGAGGAAAGACCCAGAAGAUCUACGAGGCAAACAUCAAGAGGACAGACACCGACGAUGGAGAGCAGAUCUACCUCGUCCAUUACUACGGCUGGAACGUCAGGUAUGACGAGUGGGUGAAGGCCGACCGCAUUAUCUGGCCAGUGGACAAAGGAGGAACAAAGAGAAGAGCCAGGAAGAGGGCAAAGAAUAAAGACAGAGAGGAGGGCGAUGCUGAGAGGGGAGAGGAGGAGAAGGUGUUGAAGGUUGGGGGGGUGAGGAGGGGUCGUCCCCAGGUCAGGACUCCACCAACUAACCCCACCGGCCGCAGCGUGUCGAAAACACCGAGCACUGAGAGUUGCUCAGGCAGCAAGACCAGCCGGACAGAGGCCUCCGUCAGCCUUCCUAAUGGAGAGAAUACCCCAAGGAGGCGCACCAGGAGAACCUCUGGAAUGUACGACUCCGACAGGGCUUCAAACGAGGAUUCGGGGAACUCAUCAGAGGACAGCGAAUCAGACGAGUGUCCUGAUAAAAAGCAUCUGGUGUGGAGUGACAGACUGGAGCCAGCUUCCUCCUGUCCUCAGGAAGAGGGUCCAGAGAUGCCAGAGGAGGUACAGGAGGUGAAACAGGAGGAAGAGGAGGAGAAGAAACCUGCUGAUGGUUUGGCCAAUGAUGCCCCUCCUGUUGCCAACACCGCCAUCACCAUGACAACAGCAGCAGCAGCUCAAGAGGCAGCUGCUGCCAUACCGCCAUGUCCCAGCAUGCCCCACGAGCAGCCUGAGAAUCCCCUCAUCCAAUCAGAGAAGAAGGAGGUGGAGAAAGGGGAGGAGUCUUUGGCUGAGGUACAUGAGCAGCAGAGUCAUACACCUCCCACCUCCUCCCCCCUCCCUGAGGAGUCCUCCCCUAUUUCCCCUAGGGCCAAAGGUCGUAGGUCAAACCUGAGAGAGGUGGGAUCUGAAACUCCACCCACAAACCCCAACUGCACCACUACUGCCACACCUGCUAUGCUCACUAUCACCCCCAACCACAAGGGGGCGCUGCCCUCUCCUCCACGAGGAGUCUUAAAGCGACAGGAGGAGCCCAUGGUGGUUCUGCACUGCCUGCCCUCCCAGCACCUCCCACCCGAGGCUUCCGACACUGACUCUGCUUCUGAGGAGGAGGAGGAGAGGAGCAGCCCAGCAGGAGGUGUUGUCACAGCAACCAAGCGUAAAGCCCUGGACCAAGGAUCACCCGACAAGAAAGUUCGAUUAGACCGCAGAGAUGAGACCAAAACGGGAGUCCUGCCCAAGAUGGCCACCACCUCACCCAAACCCUUCCCUUCGCCACUGAGGAGGACAGAGGUCGACAAGAGAAGUGAGGAAGAGCUGAAGGGAGAGGAGUGGCUGAGGGGCAAGGAGGAGAAACCAAAUGAGGGUGUUGAGGAGUGUCUGAUGGGGGGUGCAAAGCCUCUGAGCCUGGAGCCACAGCUCUGCCAGGAAGUAGCAGGAGCAGGACAGGAGGAGGCUCCAUCGGUGGAGGAACUCCCUCAGAUGGGCCCGGAGGCCCUGGUCUGCCACGAGGUCGACCUGGAUGACCUAGACGAUAAGGAGAAACCGUCCUCUGGAGGAGAACAUCUCCUCCUGAUGAUGAGGGAGCAGCCUCAGCACCUCCUCCAGACUCCUCUCUCUGCUCCCCUACCCCAGGCCCUCCCCCCCACCUCCUCCUGUUUAGAGGAGAGCCAUGUGGGGAGGAGUGAAGGCAGAGCUGCUUCAGAGAAGGAGCGAGGAGCAGCGAGUGUGGAGUUACAGGACGUGAUGGGAGAGGACAUCCAUCAUGGCCUUGAUGCUGUCACCUCCUCCAGCAGCUCCUCUUUGUCUCUGCAGGAGGGCAGAGACAGAGGUCAGAAGAGGCUGAUGGAUUCUAACUCCAGCCCCUCUGCUAAGAAACAGAGACGCAGCAACAAAAGACCAAACACACUCGGCAAGGCCGAGAAGAAUGGGACUGGCCACAGCAGUGACAGUGAGGAUCUGGCCACGCUUGAGCACUCCGCCAAGCUGAGCACUCCACUCAAACCCGCCCUGGUCAAAGGUCAGAAGGUCAGCCGCUCACCAGGCCCAGGCCAUGGCCUGGCCUCACCUUCUUGCCCAAGCAGAGAGCAGGAGCGAGACAAGCACAAAGACAAGCAGGGCUUCCCCUCGCCACAGCGCACAUACAAAUGGACCUUUCAGCUCAAUGAGUUGGACAGUAUGUCAAGUACAGAGAGGAUCUCCUUCCUGCAGGAGAAGCUACAGGAGAUCAGGAGAUACUAUAUGACACUGAAGUCGGAGGUGGCUUCCAUUGACAGACGCAGGAAGAGAUUAAAAAAGAAGGAGAGAGAAGUAACUAAUACGACGGCCUGUACCUCGUCUGGCUCGUCAGACACAGGGAUGAGUCCGUCUGCUGCCUCCCCCUCUCAGAACACUGUGGCUGUGGAAUGCAGGUGACACGCCCACACACCGCUAACCCAGCCCCCUCUACUCCACCCACCCAAUCACAUCCUGCCCCAGGGCAUGCUGGGUAAUCCUCUGGAAGUCCUGCUCUGCUGGCGGUUGAGACAAUGACUGGUUAGUUUUUCUGUCUUUGUCUCUCUGGAAGCCAUUUCAAACCAGACUGAGGAGGGAGACAGGAAGUGCUUCCUAAUGUUGAGACUUGUGGUAACUGGUCGAGUCCCUGUCUAAACAGAGACAGAGAGAGACAGACAGACAGAGAGAGAGAGAGAGACAGAGAGAGAGAGAGAGAGCGAGCGAGCGUCGCUUCCUGUAGUGAAGCCAGACAGAGGGAGGGAUGAAUGUAAAUGAGUGUGUCUCUCUCUCCAUGUCUCACUCUUCCUCCCGGUCUUCUUUGAUGGUAUUGGAGACAAACCCAGAGGAGUCCGCAGUUUUUAUGGUUCUGUUCUUUAAAAAGGUCAAAGGCCAAAUCGGUUGAGUUCAGUUCUCCGUCAGUGCUGCCAGAGGUGGUCCCGAUCCGGGAGAGAAAGACGGGAAGUGGCUUCUCCAUGGCGACAUGAUGUCACAGCACAGCUCAUUAUGCAAGCUCUUUUUUGUUUUUUGGUCAGCGCUCUUUUUGAGGAGGCCAAAGUGAAGUGAUCCUGGGAGGUCUUCAGCAGACUGGUGGCCCCCUCAUGGUUUAUGUGUCCCUUUUCUACAGAAUCAGAGCAUUUAUUUUGGUAUGGCAAAGUUUCACUAAGCAUAAAUCUCAGUGGAGAAAUUAUUUAAUGAAUAUUUCCUAGAGCUCAACAUUUUGUUUUGUGUAAAAUAAAGGUGUGUGGCAUAUUGUCCAGUAUAUUUAUUUAGUUUGUGUUUGUUGUCCACGGGGAGGAAGAGGGGCUCUCCUCUCCAUCUCCUCCUCCUCCUCCUCCUCUCUCCAUUGCUUUCCUCUCCUGGUUUUCAACCUGUUUUGACUUUCAGCCGUUAAGUUGGAACCGACGUUGACCCUCCUGGGAACCACACCACGCAUUUGAAAACGUUUUACACAACUGUAAAGAAGGAUUUGUAUCGUUUUCUAAGAAGACUGUUUGUACCGUUGUAUGAGCAGCUAGUUUUUUUAUGUGUUGUUGGGUAGAGAGCAGGGGAGUGUAAAUACACGGCUGUCUGUCACGGACCCUUGGAUCCUCGGUAAAGCCAUGGUUGUAUCUUCAUGUAAAAUAAGCAGAGCUCUCUUGGUUUCUAAUAAAGUUUUUA